CAUGGCGCGGGUCGCUAUUGCAAUCGCCGUUGUGGCAGUAUUGAUGGUACAAGUUGGUUUUGUAGAGUGCCAACUAAGGAAUUUGACAAAGAAUGCCAAUACAACACUAUCAAAUAAUACACUCAGCAGGACAACAACACCUGUAACACUCCUGACAAAGUCUAGGGGCGGAUUUGUAACAACUACACCGUCUAUAGCAUGGGUUACAAAAUCACUGAGCAAAGAUCAACAAAGGUUAUUCAACGGAGCCUUUGACCCUCAGUCAACCGUCACAUUCACUGGCAAGUCAAUGUUUGACUCUAGGUCUGGAAAUGUAUCCGAUGAUUUCUUGGAUCUUCUUGACAAUGACGAGAAAAAGGCAAUCAUGGACUUGCAGAACGAUUGGAAAGACGUUAUUGAUUUGGGCGAUUUAUUCAAGGACGCCAUGCCCGACGACGUACAGUUUUUUUCUCAGCAGUUCAGUAACAUGGACAAAUCGAAGUUGGAGAAAAUGUACGAUGCACCGGGAACUGUUCAGACCGCCGAUUUAAAAGCUGUUCCACUUGAAAUAAUUGGAGCGCUUAAUGACACAGUUCGUAAAGACAAGCUGAGCAGAUUUCCUGCCGACGCCAAAGACAUGCUUUGCAAGAAAUUACAGAAUGAUGAAACGGAUUUUGAUACAACCAAACGAAUUGCCCUCGGUCUAGACUGUGUGGCCAGUUUGAAGAAAACGAGUAAAUUGCCUCAAGGAAGCUUAGCUAGGGCUAUUGCUAUGAAUAAAAUGGAGAAGAAACAUCCGAGAGAUUGGUCACCAACAGAAUGGAGGGAUUCCAUCAAAGAUGGAUGGUUUGCGGGACUUCCCGAUGGUGUUAUUGAAAGAUGUCCAAGUAGAGUUGUAAAGGACAAUAUGCGAGACCUUACGAAGAUCUCGAAGGAUAUGGACAGUAAAUUAAAGGACAAGGUUAUGUCAAAGGUCAAAGAUGCAUCUGGCGGCGCCAAGGGUAUGUCAGCUUCUGAUAUCAGCAACAUGGGAGACAUGGUGAAAGACAUGAAUAUGAGAGAAAUGAAGAGUUUAAAUGCAACCGCGGUACGACAAAGUUUGAAAACUUUUAGCGACAAUGCUAAGAAUAUGAAUCGUGCACAGAAAAUGCAGAUGCGAAAGACUGUGAGAGACAGUGUAGGCUCAGCUGGAAACUGGACCACUGAUGACAUAGUUAGUGCAGCAGCGUUUAUAGGACGCGAUAGAGAUCUCAUGAAGAAAAUCGACAAAGAUGUUUUGAUUGCCGGUAUGCAAAAUCUUAGCAGAGAAGACAUGGAUCCAAAAAGUGCACGGACAAUGCUGUCAAAGAUCAAAGAGUCUGCAGAUUACGAUCAGCCUUCUGAUUUCGACACAAACAAGUUUAAAGAGAUCGGAAAUCUGGCAAAGGGUCUCUCCCCAAGGUUUGUAAAGAACAUGACAAAUGUGGACUUUGGCUCACUUCUUGGUUCAGGCGAUCUGAGAGACAUUGACUUUGCAGACAAUUCAAAGGUUGUGGUAGACCGGGUACUCGCAGAUUCCGGGAAGAAUGCGCUCAGCAAAGCAGAUCUAGAAAAUCUUGGUAAGAAUAUGAAAGGUCUUCGUAAAGAUCAUGUUGAUAAGAUCAGUGCUGAUGAUCUAGCUACAGCUCUUGAUGACAUGAAGGAUACUAUAAAUGAAAUUGUUGACGCCAUGGAUAAAACUACUCUUGACAGUAUGAUUAAAAAGGUAGAAAAUGCAACCGGUGGACUUGGAGGAAAUCUUGAGAAGAUGGGAAGCUUGUUACAAAAGGUCCCUGUAAAGAAACUUCAAGCACUGUCAGAUUCCGACUUUGGAGAUAUGUCAGGCCAGACUGAAAGAAAAUUGAACUGCAGCAAAGAUACGUGCCCUGAAUUAUACAAGCGUGUUAACAACACCAUUGGUCAACCAGGCAUCAGGAACCCCAACUUCACUAUGACGGUUUUUAGAAACCUUGGAAAGGUUAUGUGUGGCAUGUCAUUGGACGAUUUGAAGAUGAUUCCAGCAACCAAAAUGCUCGAAGAUAUUGCCGGAUAUUUAAUUGGACUAGAUUGUCUUUCAGACAAACAAGAAAGAAUCUUGGCCGAAAAACUAAAGUAUCGUCUCGGUUUGUUCAGUGGAAAUACACGUACUGUUUCUUCCCAGGACAUUAAGAAAUACGGCAAAAUUCUAAAACACUUUGACCCAGAUGAUCUAACGAGCCUUGGAAAGUCAGUUUGUGAAGACAUAGCACUUGAACUUGGAUCAACAGAUCUUUCUAAUGUCAAAAGUGAAGAUCUCAAAAAGCUUGCUGAUUAUGCCCAGGAAUGCGUGAAUAACACAGUAGAUGCUAUCAGUUCCGAUGACCUUACAGCCAUAGGUGACAUAGUAUGUGGUUUGGACACAAGUCGUGUGGAUGAUAUAGACAAUGAUGCCAUUGAAGAUAUCGUAAAUGAAGUACAAAAGAAAUGUGCUCAAUGGACAAGCAAAGAAAGAAAGUCAUGGGCAGAUACUGCAAUGAAUAAAUUGAAUGUGACUUCAGACAAGAUAGCUGACACCGAUGAUGUAGUGUUGACUCAAAUUGGAACCUUUGUGGCUGAACUUGACAAAUCGGACCUUGAUAAAGUUCCAAAUGACGUGAUGUCAAGCAUUGGAUCUGACAUCGUUGACCAAUUCAAAGAUAAGAAAGAACAACUUGAUAAACGUGACAAAAAAGGAUUCGGUGGUGACGUAAAAGAUUCAGAUAGAAAAGACAGCGAAGAAAAAGAAAAGAAGGUGUAUGAAAGAUUGAUUACUGCUUUCACAAGAACAUCCAGAAGGAGAAGGCGUUCAGUAUCAUCAAUAUCCUGUGAUGACAUGCAGUUGUUAGGCUCUGGUGUCACAGCACUUACAACCGACCAGAUCGAGGCUAUAACAGAUUCCGAUUUCCUUGAUUGUGCCAGCACUCUUGGAGGAUAUUCAACAUGGAGUGCAGAUCAGCUAACUUCUCUUCUAACAGUUGCCACCCGAGCCGGAACAUUCAGUACAUCAUCGGGCUGGUCGGCGGACGAUGUUACUGACGCUGGCAUCAUUACCCAGGGUCUUACACACACUGAGAUAGAAGCUCUAUCCGACCUUGAUUUAGAUGCUAUGUCUUCUAUUGGAAAACAUGCUGGUUGGUCCGAGACUCAGCUCGGGUCCGGAUUUUCUCGUUGGUUAUCUUUAAACAAAGGUAACGACGCAAGUACUGUUACAUCAAGUGAGCUCAUUGCACUUGGACACUUUGCAUGUGGUGCAACGACCAGUCAUAUUGGACAAUUCUCAAGUGCAGAAUACAGUUACUCAGCAAGUUACAUUGGUGAACUAACAAGCUGCACAGAGAGCCAACUAGAGGCAUAUGCCAACCUUGCCGAAACAGCUUUCGGUUCGAUCUCCAGCUGGGAUACGUCCGUUAUUUCUACUGUUGGCGCCAUUAUUGGUGGUCUCACAUCUACAGAAAUUGGCACACUGUCAACAUCGCAGAUCGCCGCUGUCGAACCAGCAAGUGUUGCCCAGAUUCCAUCUACGUCUUUUGUAGGAUUCACGGUUGAUCAGCUGUUAAGUUUCAGCGUUGCACAAGCUCAGUCUACAACAUCAACCCAGCAGUCUGGUCUAUCUUCAGAACAACUUGAUGCUCUUGUAACUGCUGGUGCAACCGUAGAAUCGUCUGCUGUAGUAGCGCAAAUACCAAUUUAUGCUGUUUUGUUGGCUGCUCUUCUUUCAAUUAUUUACACAUUCUAGUUCAUUCACUCAAGUUAGUUAUCCUUUUAAUACUUAAAUACAAUUUGACAUUCUAAUGUAUUGAUGCUACAGUACAUAUUUCAAGUACGAAUUUUUUCAAAACUAAAUUAAAUUUCAAAUAGAUAUUAAUAAUAACAUAUUCAUUUUCAAGGUAAAUGAACAUAUGAUGAAUAAUUAGAUGAUAUGUUUUAUUAUUUUGGUUUUUCUUAUAAAUUUAAAUUUAGGAUUAUUAUCUCUGUUCCGUUAUUCGAGUUUUUAUUUUCACUAGCGUAAUUGUUGUUAUACCUUCAAUAAGAAGAUUGUGUCUCGUCUUGAUAAUAUUUAUAUGUAUGACAAAUAAAGAAUGACAGACGAAA